AUGCUUUCGAGAGUCGCGAGAAAAUCAUCAAGGGCGGCGGGUGCGAUCCCAAUUGCUGUAAAUGACCCGAUUCUGCCGUACGCGCCGGGCUCUGCAGAGCGAAAAGCGCUCCGAGAGGCGUUGACAAAAGUUGAAAGCACCUGCAAAGACAUUCCGAUCAUCGUCGGCGGGGAAGAAAUCAGAAAUGACAACGUCAAAUAUCAAGUUUCGCCCUACAACCACUCGCAGAAGAUCGCCAAGUAUUACUGGGCGGAUAAAGACCUUUUGACGAAGGCGGCCGAUGCUGCCGUCGCUGCUCAGCAUGAAUGGGAGCAUCGACCACUUCGAGAUCGCGUCCAAAUCUUCCUCAAAGCUGCCGAAAUGAUCAAAGGGCCCAAGCGAGCAGAUAUUUGCGCGACGACGAUGGCCGGCCAGGCCAAAAAUGUCAUUCAGGCUGAGAUCGACGCCGCUUGCGAGCUGAUCGAUUUCUUCACCUUCAACGCCCAGUCGGCUCUCGAGCUUGAAACCUCUCAGCCGCUCUCGCCCGAUGUCGGAAUCACAAACAGAAUCUUCUACCGAGGACGAGAGGGCUUCGUCGCUGCCAUUUCCCCCUUCAACUUCACUGCCAUUGGUGGUAACCUCGCCGGUACCCCUGCAAUGAUGGGCAAUCCUACUCUCUGGAAGCCAAGUGACACGGCAAUCCUUUCCAACUACUUGGUCUACGAAAUUCUUCGAGAGUGCGGCCUCCCCGACAAUAUUAUUCAAUUCGUUCCUGCUGAUGGGCCCGUCUUUGGCGAAGCAAUUUGCGAGCACCCAUACUUGUCUAUGGUCAACUUUACGGGAUCUGUUAAAACUUUCCAACAUCUGAACAUGGAAGUUUCGAAGAACUUGCCCCUUUUCAAGACAUUCCCAGCUAUGAUUGGCGAGUGUGGCGGCAAGAACUACCACUUCGUCCACAACUCUGCUGAUGUGCGUCACGUGGCUGUCGGAACUAUUCGAUCCGCCUUUGAAUACUCUGGCCAGAAGUGCUCCGCUUGCUCCAGAGCUUACUUUCCUGCUUCUCGAUGGGCAGAAAUUAGAGAGAAUCUCUUGUCUAUCCAUUCGCAGUUGAAGAUGGGCACCGUCGAUGAUUUCUCUAUCUUUAUGUCUGCAGUCAUUGACGAAGCAUCAUUCAACAGAGUAUCAGGAUAUAUUGACGCUGCCAAGGCCGAUCCCAACUGCGAAAUCAUCGCUGGCGGCGGAUACGACAAAUCCAAGGGCUUCUUCGUCGAACCAACAAUCAUCCUCACCAACGAUCCAAAAUGCUUGACAAUGCAAGAAGAAAUCUUCGGCCCCGUUCUUACUGUAUACGUCUACGAAGACGACAAAAUGGACGAAACUAUUGAAAUCAUGAAAGACACUUCUAUUUACGCUCUUACUGGUGCUAUUUAUUGCGAAAAAGAAUCUCUUGUUCAAGAAUUGACGAUGAAACUUCGCCAAACUGCCGGAAACUUUUAUAUCAAUGACAAAUCUACCGGUUCUGUGGUUGGCCAGCAAUGGUUUGGUGGAGCUGCCAAGUCAGGAACCAACGACAAGGCAGGCGGCCCUCUCUACACCUCUCGCUUCGUCUCUCCACAAGCAAUCAAGCGCACUCACUUUCACAUCAAGGACUGGGCCUACCCGUCCAUGUCCCAGGAAGAAUAA